AUGGCCGCCUGGCCUGGGCCCCCGGGCCCCAGCUGCGGCCCCAGCGCGCCGUGCCCUGAGGCCCGGCGCGUGGUCCUCGGGGCCCAGCACCCGGUCCUGGCCGCCGGCGUCCCAACCGUAGGCGUGUCGGUUCUUGGUGGCGUGGCCGGGGCUGUGCUCGUUUUUGUCGUGGCCGUGCUUGUGUACUGGCUGUACUGCAAGAGCUGCGGGCAGGGCCGGAAGUCGUGCUGCAGCCCGUACCGGCCCAUGGAGGAGGAGGACAAGUGCCCCGACGUGGAGGCCUGGACCCAGGGGUCCGACGGUUACGAGGGCGUGGACCUGGGAGAGAUCGACAUCUCGUCGCCCCUGGGGCGGGGCGGCUUCGGGAUGGUGUACAAGGGGUCGCUGCAGGGCGACACCGUGGCGCUGAAGGUGAUCGAGCACGACGGCAAGCUGCUGGAGGGGC